GUCCAGGCUGACUGAGCACACACUGUCAGGGGGGCCUGGAGAAGCGUAGCUGGUCACCCUCCACGCAGGGUCGGGCCCUGGCACGAUCCGGGGGCAAGCUCCGGGGAAGGGGCCUACCCACCCAAUCCCUGACGCCCCACCUCUGAGAUCGCGGGCCAAACAGGAGCUUACGCCUCCUUCCCCGCCUCUCCGGACCUCCCCGGGGAGCCGAGGGCGGGUGUGGACGGGACCGAGGUGGAACGAAUUUUGUAGCUCAGACGGCGGUCCCGGUGGCUUCGGGCGUGGGGGCACGCCCAGCUGGAGAAGCCGGUCAGGGCGGCUGAAGCCGGAGCUCCCGGGUCUCGGUGGAUGCCGGUCGGAGCGUAGCUAUUCGUAGGGAGGUGACUGGUGGAUCAACAUGGACCCCUUCGACAGCCCAGCCGCCUAGAACCUGCGUGCUGCUCGCUUCGGAGCUGAGCUUUCCCGGAGGCGCAAACAAGGGAAGCAGCCGAGCAACUGGAAUUGGAAGUUCCGGGGUGGGCGGGGAAGGCACUGUCCGUGGUGCUGAGCCGGAUCCCAGCAACGGGCUCCGGGGAGAGCGCGCCAAGCUGCCGAUCCGCUCCCUCGAAUUGGGGCGGUCGGCUAGGGCGGCUUGGAGCUGAAACCCUCGCCGGGCUCAAGAAGCCCGCAGAGCCUCCCCAGUCGCUGGCGCUUGGCCCUUGUUUCAGGCAGAAAGUCGCCCCCUUGGGACAGUCCGUCCCAAAGGGUUUCCUCGAAAGUAUCUGAGAAGGAGCAUUUGCUGACCAAGGGAAUCUCUGUUUAGCUCCGGAAGCCACCCGCCGAAAAAGAUGCCUGCCUUCAACAGAUUGUUUCCCCUGGCUUCCCUCGUGCUCAUCUUGUGCGUCAGCGUCUGCUUCCCCGUGUGUGUGGAAGUGCCCUCGGAGACCGAGGCCGUUCAGGGCAACCCCAUGAAGCUGCGCUGCAUCUCCUGCAUGAAGAGGGAGGAGGUGGAGGCCACCACGGUGGUGGAAUGGUUCUACAGGCCCGAGGGCGGUAAAGAUUUCCUUAUCUACGAGUAUCGGAACGGCCACCAGGAGGUGGAGAGCCCCUUCCAGGGUCGCCUGCAGUGGAAUGGGAGCAAAGACUUGCAGGACGUGUCCAUCACUGUGCUCAACGUCACCCUGAACGACUCCGGCCUCUACACCUGCAACGUGUCCAGGGAGUUUGAGUUCGAGGCACAUCGUCCCUUUGUGAAGACCACGCGGCUGAUCCCCCUCCGAGUCACCGAGGAGGCUGGUGAAGACUUCACCUCUGUGGUCUCCGAGAUCAUGAUGUACAUCCUGCUGGUCUUCCUCACUCUGUGGCUGCUCAUUGAGAUGAUAUACUGCUACAGGAAGGUCUCAAAGGCUGAAGAGGCAGCCCAAGAAAAUGCGUCUGACUACCUUGCCAUCCCAUCGGAGAACAAAGAGAACUCUGCGGUACCAGUGGAGGAAUAGAAGAGAAGGGGGCACUAGAGGUGAUGUACAGGGAAGGGAGGGCAGGCAGAUAAGGAUGGCAGGAUGUUCAGGAGACCUCAUCACCCACAAACCGGUGACUUUAAAUUUGGUCCCUUAGAUUAGAUUUCUACCCUACCCCAAGUCCUCACCCUCAGGGGACUUAACUUUAAGUUGAUGCCCAAGUCAUAAAGCUCUGUAUGAGAUAAAGCCCUUCAGAAGGUGAGUGGUUUUGGCCUGAGUGUUGGGGCAACUUGAACUCUUCAUCCAUAGUGACAAAAAGUAACCCCCCCACUCCCUCCUUUGUAGGGAUCAUGGAUUAGGUCAAAGAGUCUUUGCCUGGGCUGGACUGGACUGGAAAUUCGCAGUGAGCUGUUUUCUUAUUGGUAGGUGGCCUGAACCCUGCAGGACUGGCUGUUCCAGGUUCAGUGAUGUCAGCUGCAUCAGGAGGGCGCCCCAGGAGCCACAUGGCUCCCCUUCAUGCAUCCAUCUCUCAGUUCAUUCAUCAUGCAUCCACUCACCUCUGAACUUUCACCUCUGACUUGCUAACUCCGUCAGACCUCUACACACCGUAAGAUUCUGCCGAAACUGAGGAACCAACAUGUCUACAUGGACUCAACCUAGCUUUCAAGCAAGCAGAUCCCUGCCAACCGGACUCCUCCCUUGUGUUCCACCUGACUUAGAACAAGGGCUGGACGCAGCACACCCACCUGCCCCUUGCUGGCUGGAGCUGGCUCAUUCCCCGUUCCUGCACGCGAAUGGUUGUCUUAAUGGAAGGAAGCAGGAGAGAUUCGCUUGGGUUAAAGCAAAAAAGUGUCAUGAAACGA